AUGGAUGCAGAUUCCAGCGGCCGCCCAGCAGAUCUAAGUAAAAGCAGCAUGGAGAACGGAGCACAAGGAGGAGAUCAGGCCAACGGUCUGAAUGCCCACAAAUCAAAUGGACAAGCAACAAGUGCAAUCAGCAAUGUUCAGGCACAAGCGCUGCUCCAACAGUUGAGUUUGACUCCAGCACAGUUGUUGUUGCAGCAAACGCAGGCGCAGCUCCUUGCCGCAGCCGUGCAGCAGUCUGCAAGUCAACAGACCAGCACCACUGGAGCCAAUAUCUCUGCCUCUGCGGCCAUGCCCAUCACACUGUCCCAGCCCAUUCAGAUCGUGUCUCAGCUGCAGCCGCAGGGUUUGAACCUGCAGCAGUUCGUGUGGGUUCAGCCAGGUCACUCCAUCAGUUCUCAGAUUCAGCCACAGUUCAUCAUAUCACCGUCACCUCAGGGUCAGACAGGUCUCCUGCAAGCUCAAAAUCUCCUGACUCAACUACCUCAAAGCCAAGCUAGCCUCCUGCCAACUCAGACCAGCAUCACCCUCACCACACAGGCGGCCACACCGACGAGCAAGAUUGCAGCCAUGCCAGCUCCAGCGGCGGCCACUCCAAAGUGCAUGGACGCGCCGUGUGUGGAGGAGGCCAGUGACCUCGAGGAGCUUGAGCAGUUCGCAAAGAACUUCAAACAGAGGCGCAUCAAGCUGGGCUUCACACAGGGUGACGUGGGGUCGGCGAUGGGGAAACUCUAUGGGAACGACUUCAGCCAAACCACCAUUUCCAGAUUUGAGGCCUUGAACCUGAGCUUCAAGAACAUGUGCAAACUCAAACCUCUACUGGAGAAAUGGCUCAAUGAUGCAGAGAACAUGUCUGCUGAUUGUGUGGUGUCGAGUCCGAAUGAAAUGUCCCCGGGUCUCUGUGAGAGUCUGAACCGGCGGCGUAAGAAGCGGACAAGCAUUGAAACCAUCAUCCGUCUGGCCUUAGAGAAGAGCUUCCUGGAGCAGAGUCAAAAGCCGUCAUCAGAGGAGAUCACGCUGAUUGCGGAUCAGCUCAACAUGAAGAAGGAGGUGGUACGCGUUUGGUUCUGUAACCGCAGACAGAAGGAGAAGCGGAUCAAUCCUCCCAGCAGCGGUGGCAAAUCGCCUGGAUCAGCCAUCAAAACCAUCUACAACAGCGCCACCACAGCGGUGUCCAGCGGCACAAACACACUGACGGUCAAUUCUGUGGUUUCUCUGAACAACAGCAGCAGCUCAAACCUCACACUCAGUGGUGGAGCUCUGGGUCAGGUGAUAUCUAACCCACCAUCUGUCAUCUCCGUGGCUCCUGCUGUGGCCACGGCUGCUCCUGCCGUGGUGUCACACUCGCUCAGCCCGUCCACCACCACCGUAAAACAGGAAGUGGCCGCUGCCGCACAGCCAGUUUCCACGGCGACAACGGCCACACAGGGGGCAGGGCAGCUGCUGGUGGCAGGUACAGGACUGGGUGGUGCUAAUCUGACUGCUGUCACGGGCUUGAACCCAACAGUCAUAAAGCCGUCACAGCUGACACAAGGGUGAGUGUGUGUGGUAUUGUGGACAGGUUUCGUGAAAGACAUCCCCAUGUCACA